CCCACCCACACUCACCCCACGCACACGCUGAACGACCACCAGCAGCAGCACCUCCACCGCUUUUUCUUUCUUCGAGCCGCUCUACUGGAGCGCAGGCAGUGGGAGCGCCAGUGAGGUUCGACCCGGGCGGAGCGUCUGAUGCUCGGCCACGAGCUGCUGCGGAUAUCCGCCUCGUACCGGCGUCUCAUCACUUCUAUUCCCAAGGCGGACCGCUUUCAUGUGUUUCAACUAGAGACCUAAAAAAAGGCCCUUUUUUGGGGGGGUUGCCUUUAGAACACGGCGAAUUGAUAGCAAGCGCGGAGGAGGAUAUAUAUUUUUUCGAUGAUGCUGAUGUAACGCAGGUACAUUAAUACAGUCUUUUGGGGUUUUUAUUUUUAACCCUUAGUUGUUUUUUUUUAUAACGGUUAACGCUCGAAUCAGCGUAGUGGCACGCUCCAAUUGAACGCGAGGGAAGCACGUUUUGAUGUCGUCUAAAAUUCCAGAUUUAUGAGAUAGGGUAGAAAUUUAAACAUAGAGCAAAGGCAGAAGACCAAACGAGAGGUUGGAUGAAUUUUCCUCUUGCCUGGACGCCCGCCGGACACCAUGAGCACCAUCUCGCCCACAGACUUUGACAGCUUGGAGAUCCAGCAGCAGUACAAUGACAUCAACAACCGCUGGGACCUGGCGGCAGAGACCGAAUGGGACAACGAAAAUAGUUCCGCGCGCCUCUUUGAGCGCUCGCGCAUCAAAGCCCUCGCAGAUGAGCGUGAAGCUGUACAGAAGAAGACCUUUACCAAAUGGGUGAACUCCCACUUAGGCCGCGUCACUUGUCGCAUUGGUGACCUGUACACGGACCUGCGUGACGGCCGCAUGCUUAUCCGCCUCCUGGAAGUGCUCUCAGGAGAACAGCUGCCAAAACCUACGAGAGGCCGCAUGCGUAUCCACUGCUUAGAAAAUGUCGACAAAGCUCUGCAAUUCCUCAAAGAACAAAAGGUCCAUCUCGAAAACAUGGGAUCACACGAUAUUGUGGAUGGGAACCACCGUCUCACCUUGGGACUCAUCUGGACCAUAAUUCUUCGCUUCCAAAUUCAGGACAUCAGUGUUGAGACGGAGGACAACAAAGAGAAGAAAUCCGCAAAAGACGCCCUCCUUCUGUGGUGCCAAAUGAAAACCGCCGGCUACCCCAAUGUCAACAUCCACAACUUCACCACCAGCUGGCGGGAUGGCCUAGCGUUCAAUGCCAUCGUGCACAAACACAGGCCCGACCUGAUUGAGUUUGACACCCUGAAAAGGUCCAACGCUCACUACAACCUCCAGAAUGCUUUCAAUGUGGCCGAGAAGGAGAUGGGCCUGACGAAGCUGCUGGACCCGGAAGAUGUUAAUGUUGAUCAGCCGGAUGAGAAGUCCAUCAUUACCUAUGUGGCGACCUACUACCAUUACUUCUCAAAGAUGAAAGCGCUUGCAGUGGAGGGCAAACGUAUCGGCAAGGUCCUCGACUACGCCAUUGAGGCCGAUCAGCUGAUAGACAAGUAUGAGACCUUGGCCUCAGAGCUGCUGGAGUGGAUUGAGCAGACGAUAGUGACGCUGAAUGAUCGGCAGCUAGCGAACUCGCUCAGCGCUGUACAGAAUCAACUCCAGGCUUUUAAUUCUUACCGCACUGUGGAGAAACCACCCAAAUUCACAGAGAAAGGAAACUUGGAGGUCCUGCUCUUUACUAUCCAGAGCAAGAUGAGAGCAAACAACCAGAAAGUUUACACGCCAAGAGAGGGAAAACUCAUCUCUGACAUCAAUAAGGCAUGGGAGCGGCUUGAAAAGGCAGAGCACGAACGUGAGCUGGCACUCCGAAACGAACUCAUUCGCCAGGAAAAGCUGGAGAUGCUUGCAGCACGUUUUGACCGCAAAGCUGCCAUGCGGGAAACAUGGCUGAGUGAGAACCAGCGGUUGGUGUCUCAGGACAAUUUUGGAACCGAUCUGGGCGCGGUGGAAGCCGCCACCCGUAAACAUGAAGCAAUCGAGACAGAUAUCGGUGCCUAUUGGGAGCGUGUGGCCGCCGUUGAAGCUGUCGCCAAAGAGCUGGAGGCCGAGGGCUACCAUGAUGUGCGACGUGUGCUUGCAAGAAGGGACAAUGUGCUUCGCCUCUGGGAAUACCUCAAGGAGCUCAUCGCUGCACGCAGAGAGCGACUGAAUGCCCAUCUAGACCUGCAGAGGCUGUUUGAAGAGAUGCGGUACAUCAUGGACUGGAUGGCUGACAUGAAGAGUCGUCUGCAGUCCCAAGACAGUGGCAAGCAUUUGCACGAUGUUUUGGACCUACUUCAGAAACACACUCUCGUAGAGGCUGACAUUUCAGCACAGGCAGAGAGAAUCAAAGCAGUGCAGGGAGCUGCCAAUCGCUUCACUUCGCAUGACCAAGCGUACCAACCGUGUGAGCCGGGGCUAGUGAGUGAAAAGGUCGACCUGCUGGGCCGAGCCUACGAGGAGCUAGGCCGGCUUGCUGGACAGCGCAGGGAACGCCUGGAGGACUCCCGUCGCCUUUGGCAAUUCUUGUGGGACUUGGGGGAGGAGGCAGCGUGGAUCAGAGAGCAAGAGCAGAUCCUGACCAGCGGCGAAUGUGGCCGGGACCUCACGUCUGCCCUUCACCUGCUCAGUAAACACGAGGCUUUCAGGGAUGAGAUGGCAGCACGCUACGGCCCGCUGAGUAACAGCAUUGCUGCAGGGGAGGCUUUGGUGAACGAGGGACACUUUGGAGCCCCGGAGGUCACAGAGAAUAUUCGAGACAUUCGUGCACAGUGGACACAUCUGGAGGAGACAACAAAACUGAGAGAACAGAAGCUGAAAGACUCGGUGGCCCUGUAUCAGUUCCUCACGGAUGCUAAUGACAUGGAUGCUUGGCUAAUGGAAACUCUAAGACAGGUGUCCAGUCAGGACGUGGGCCAUGACGAGUUCUCCACCCAAACUUUAGCUCGCAAGCAGAGGGAAAUAGAGGAGGAGAUCAAGAGCCACCAACCCCUCAUUGAAUCCUUGCAUGAGCAGAACCAAGCAUUGCCACAAACCUACGCUAAUUUCCCAGAGGUGGAAGGCCGGCUACCUGGUAUCGAGCAGCGCUAUAAAGAGCUACAGUCCCUGUCGGUGUCUCGUCGGCAGGCCCUGGAAGGCGCUUUAGCGCUUUAUCGUAUGUUCAGCGAGGCGGGUGCCUGCCAACUCUGGGUGGAAGGAAAAGAGAAGUGGUUACAUGGCAUGGAGAUCCCGACCAAACUUGAAGACUUGGAGGUGGUGCAGCAGAGGUUUGAGACACUGGAACCAGAAAUGAACAACAUAGGGACCAGUGUCACCGAUGUGAACCAGGUGGCUGAGCAGCUGCUGUCUUCAGACAACUGUAACAAAGACCAAAUCCACCAGACCCGCGACCAUCUGAAUAACAGGUGGAAAGAAUUCCAGAAACUGGCUGGUCAAAAGAAACAAGGCCUGGAGUCAGCCCUCAAUAUCCAAAACUACCACCUGGAAUGUAAUGAAAUCCAAACGUGGAUGAAAGAGAAGACCAAAGUCAUAGAAUCUACUCAGAGCUUGGGAAAUGAUUUGACCGGAGUGAUGGCUCUACAGCGGAAACUCACGGGGAUGGAGAGAGACCUAGAAGCUAUUCAGGGGAAGUUAGAUGACCUGAGAGAGGAAGCAGAAAAACUGGCCCAGGAACAUCCAGAUCAAGCAGGGGAGAUUCAAGACCGCCUGGCGGGAAUACAGGAAGUGUGGGAGGAGUUGAACUCCACCAUGAAGCGGCGUGAAGAGUCACUGGGUGAGGCCAGCAAGCUGCAGGGCUUCCUCAGAGAUCUUGAUGACUUCCAGUCCUGGCUGUCCCGCACCCAGACAGCUGUCGCCUCUGAGGACAUUCCCACCUCUCUGCCCGAGGCUGAGAGUUUGCUCGCCCAGCAUGAGAAUAUCAAAAACGAGGUGGAUAACUAUAAGAACGACUAUGAGAAGAUGCGAGUGGUGGGUGAAGAAGUGACCCAAGGCCAAACAGAUGCCCAGCACAUGUUCUUGGCUCAAAGGCUCCAGGCUUUGGAUACCGGCUGGCAUGAGCUGCGUCAAAUGUGGGAGAACCGCCACAGUCUCUUGGCCCAAGCGUUUGACUUCCAGACGUUCUUACGGGACGCAAAGCAGGCGGAGGCCUUCCUCAACAGCCAGGAGUACGUAUUAUCCCACACGGAGAUGCCGACAAGUCUUCAGGGAGCGGAAGAGGCCAUUAAAAAAUAUGAAGAUUUCCUCACCACCACCGAGGCCAGCGAGGAGAAGAUAACCGGCGUCGUGGAGGCGGGACGGCGCCUCAUUAACGACGGCAACGCAAACUCGGAGAAGAUCCAAGAGAAAGUGGAUUCUAUUCAGGAAAGGCACCUCAAGAAUAAGAACGCCGCCAAUGAGUUGCUGGCCAAACUUAAGGACAACCGGGAGCUGCAGCACUUCCUCCAAGACGGACAGGAGCUCACAUUAUGGAUUAAUGAGAAGAUGCUGACGGCUCAGGACAUGUCAUAUGACGAGGCUCGAAAUCUUCACAGCAAGUGGCAAAAGCACCAGGCCUUCAUGGCAGAGCUGGCCUCGAACAAAGACUGGCUAGACAAAAUCGAUAAGGAGGGCCAGGCUCUUGUGGCAGAGAAGCCAGAGCUGCAACCUGUUGUUCAGCAAACCCUGGAGGACUUGCAGCGUCAGUGGGAGGAGUUGGAGGGCACCACCCGCACCAAAGCCCAAUGCUUGUUUGAUGCCAAUCGAGCAGAGCUGUUUACACAAAGCUGCUGCGCUCUGGAUGGCUGGGUGAAGAACCUCGAGGGUCAGCUGCACAGCGACGAUUAUGGCAAGGAUUUGACCAGCGUCAACAUCCUGCUCAAGAAGCAUCAGAUGCUGGAACACCAGAUGGAGGUCAGGGAGAAGGAGGUGCAGUCACUGCAGUCUCAAGCUUUGGCUUUGUCUCAAGAAGACGCCGGACUGGCAGAGGUGGACGGUCAGCAAAGGCGCGUCACCGACAGCUUUUCCAGCCUUCAGGAGCCGCUUAGGCUGAGGAGACAGCGGCUACUUGCCUCCAAAGAGGCACACCAGUUCAACAGAGACCUGGAAGAUGAAAUCUUGUGGGUGAAAGAACGGAUGCCCUUGGCGGCCUCCACGGACCAUGGAAAGGAUCUUCCGACAGUGCAGCUGCUUAUCAAGAAGAACCAGACCCUGCAAAAGGAGAUCCAGGGACAUCAACCCCGCAUCGAUGACAUCCACAAACGAGGCAAGACGCAAAGCCAGGUCGACGGGGAGCGGCAGUCUGUCCUGGAGGAGCGACUUGUCGAGCUGAAAGAACUCUGGGACCAGCUGAUUGCGGAAACUGACAAGCGCCACGCUCGUCUGGUGGAGGCCAAUCGAGCCCAGCAGUUCUACGCUGACGCGGCGGAGGCGGAGGCUUGGAUGGGAGAGCAGGAGUUGCACAUGAUGUCGGAAGAAAAGGCCAAGGAUGAGCAGAGUGCUCUCGUGAUGGUUAAAAAGCACCAGACUCUGGAACAGGCACUUGAAGACUACGCCCAGACCAUUCACCAGCUAGCCAACAGCAGCCGAUUCAUGGUCACCAGUGAACAUCCAGAGAGUGACCGAAUCACCUUACGACAAGCACAAGUGGACAAGUUGUACGCCGGCUUGAAAGACCUCGCGGAGGAGCGCCGCGGGAGGCUUCAAGAGAGACUUCGCCUGACCCAGUUAAAGCGGGAGGUGGAUGAUUUGGAGCAGUGGAUCGCAGAAAGGGAGGUGGUUGCCGGCUCCCACGAACUAGGACAGGACUACGAGCACGUCACCAUGCUGAGGGACAAGUUCCGCGAGUUUGCUCGUGACACCAGCACAAUUGGCCAAGAGCGCGUCGACGCCGUCAACGCGCUGGCCGACGACCUGAUCGAGUCCGGUCACCCGGAGAACGCCAGCGUGGCCGAGUGGAAGGACGGCCUCAACGAGGCCUGGGCCGACCUGCUGGAACUGAUUGACACGCGCACGCAGAUGUUAGCGGCCUCCUACGAGCUGCACCGCUUCCAUCAGGAUGCCAUGGAGGUUCUUGGCCGCGUGAAGGAGAAGCGGGAGGCGCUGCCGUCUGACCUCGGCCGAGAUCUGAACACUGUCCAGCAUCUACACAGACAGCACAAUACUUUUGAAAACGACAUUCAGGCCCUUAGCGGGCAGGUGAACCAGGUGCAAGACGAUGCCGCGCGGCUGCAAAAGGCCUACGCCGGAGAGAAAGCUGAUGAUAUUAACCGCAGCGAACAUGCCGUGAGCGCUGCCUGGGAGGGUCUUCUCAAGGCCGGCGAGUCCCGCAGGGUGCUCCUGCUCGACACGGUGGAAAAGUUCCGCUUCUUCAACAUGGUGCGCGACCUCAUGCUCUGGAUGGACGGGGUCAACCUGCAGAUUGAUGCGCAUGAUAGCCCCAGGGAUGUCUCCUCAGCGGGCCUGGUCAUCGCCAAUCAUCAAGACAUCAAAGCGGAGAUUGAGACCCGAGCGGACAGCUUCACGGCCUGUAUUGACAUGGGCAACGCGCUCGUCAACAAUAACCACUAUGCCACCGAUGAGAUCCGGGAAAAGCUCUCUCAGUUAAAAGAAAAGAGAGACAAGAUCCACAAAAAGUGGCAGGACAAGAUGGACUAUUUACAAAUUAUGCUCGAGGUGUUGCAGUUUGGGCGCGAUGCCUACGUCGCCGAGUCUUGGUUGGCCGGGCAAGAGCCUCUCGUGCGGACGGCAGACCUCGGCUCCAAUGUCGACGAGGUGGAAAGUUUAAUCAAGCGCCACGAGGCCUUUGAGAAGCUCGCUGCUUCCUGGGAAGAGCGUUUUGUCCAGUUGGAGAAACUUACCACACUGGAGGAGCAGGAAAUUCAGAGGAGGCGAGCGGAAGAGGAGAGGGCACGGCGGCCCCCCACACCGGCCCCCGUAGAGGAAGUGAUGCAGUCGGAGGCAGAAAGUCAAGUGCAUGACUCUGCGGCCAGAACCAGUCUAGACCAGACAACACUGAAUCAGUCAGUGUCCGUGAACGGAGUGCACAGUGACAAUGACACAUCACAGCAGUCGCUAUCGCUAUCAUUGUCAGUGGGAUCGAAAUCAGAGGCUAAGCGCGUGUGUAAACCAAAGCAGCCUCAGCGUGGCUCGGAAUCGGAAAACGGACCGGGUCGAGACAGCGGCUUGGCCUCCUCACGCCUCGAUCCGUCGGCCACGUUACCGGGCCGAGGUGGAGCCGACGCCGACCCGGACGCCAUGGAGGGCAUACUUUGUCGAAAACAAGAGAUGGAGUCGCACAGCAAGAAGGCAGCUACCAGAUCAUGGCAGAACGUAUACUGCGUCCUAAGAAAAGGAAGUCUGGGUUUCUACAAAGAUGGCAAGAGUGCUGCUAAUGGGAUUCCAUACCACGGAGAGGUCCCCAUCAGCCUUGGCGAGGCAGUUUGCGAGAUCGCACAUGACUAUAAGAAGAGGAAACAUGUAUUCAAGCUCCGGCUAGGAGAUGGAAAAGAGUACUUGUUCCAAGCAAAGGAUGAGGCGGAAAUGAGCUCCUGGAUCCGCUCCAUCCUCAGUUCCAUUCCAUCGGGAUCAGGAGACUCGCCUGGAAGUCCGCGGGUCCUCAGCCGCGCCAUGACCAUGCCCCCCAUCUCGCCCGGCUCGGUCGACACCGCGGGCGUGACCAUGCGCAACAAAGACGGUAAAGAUAAAGAUCGGGAGAAGAGGUUCAGCUUCUUUGGCAAGAAAAAAUAGGACUUUGGUCAAAAUCACGGAUGGGAGCGACCCACAAACUGAACGACACACUGGUCUCGGCGCAGCUCAGAGGCGCGCUGUAUUUCGACAGCUACAGAAAUUGUACUUUUUUUUUCCUCCCCCUCCGGUUUUAUGUCACUUUCUUUUUGUUUCGCCGACUAAAUGCAUCUCAAUCACGGAAGCCCUCACCCAGAGACACCACCCACGGUAAUUAACAGAACUAAUGUUUGAAGAGAGGAAAGGGGGCGUCCCGUUUAUCUCUUGUCCGCAGAUUUGGUUGGCCUGCAUUGCGUGAGCCGCGUUCCCGCCGUUGUGACGCCCCAAUUGCUGGAAGCUCUUCUUCUCAUUUGGCGCAGUCACCUCAGACCCUCUGUUCUGCUUUUGAGCUUGAUGUUAUUAACCUGACCAAUAUUAAUGCUGUUCUGAUGAUUAUUUAUCUUUUGUCAUUGCUGGUUUGAAGAAAACUAUUGAUUUGAUUAUCCAUGUCGUGGAGAGAAACAAAGUAAAAAGUAGUGGAGAAUGUUGGGGUUAUACUUGUAUGUAUUAUGAUAUUUGUUUUAGGAAUGACGGUACUUGAGUUUUUUUUUUAAUAAAGGUCAUUUAAUUUUAGCAGUCUACAGUAAGUGAACACAAAUUCAAUUAGGAAAUUUAUAUAUGAAAUAAGCUUUUUUUGUAUUGCUAAAUUUGCCAGAAUUUAUCAUUGCAGUGAUCUUUUCUGCUUGAUUUGUGAGUUCUUUUUUUUUUUGUCUGUACAAAGCAGAGAAAAUUAGUUUUUCUAGUGCGUGUGUGCGUGAGCGUGAGCUGUGGUGAUGUGGAUUUUGCACGUCAAUAUUACUCCUCAUCAGACAACGGCCUGACGGAUGCUACUUUUUGGUACUCGAAUGGAGAUGAAAAUGAAACACGGAAACAAAAUAUUCCUGGAAAUCUUUUCUGCUGAUAAAUGCUUUUUCUUUAGCUCUGCGCUUUUUUUUUUUAACUGACAUGACCAAGGAGUUUUUUCUUUUUUGUUUCAAUCAUCACUCUGGCAUUUGGGGACCGAAGCACAUUUGAUGUGGCAAACGUGGAUGGAUGGCAGAACAUGUCCAAUCACAGCUGGUGUGGCUUUGAUGUAGGGAAGUGCCGCCUUACUUGAAAAGAUACCCCUUACCCCUGUAGUCAAACCUAACUACCCUCCAUUCAAAUACUUUCCCCAUAUAAGCUUUCAUAGUAUGGAGAUUUUAAAAAAAUAAUAAUUCCAAUAUGAUCAAACUGGGCUAUGGACUCUAUAUGUAGGUACAAUAGGCCCAAUGGUGCGCUCAAACAUCAAGGUCUUGUCAAAUAGAGACACGUUUUGAAUCUUCUCAAAUGAUAUUUGUGCUUUGUGGCAUGAUUAUACUGUAGGUUUAUCUUUUGUGUACCACCAUCACCAUCUAUGUGGAUUUACGACAAGAACGUGAUUGUUUCAUUAUCAGCGUGGGAGAACAAUGUGAUGCGUAAUUGGCGUCUCCAAUCACUAGAAAUAAGGUAGCCAAGUCUAUGGAAAAAAAACAUUCUCAUAGAAUCUUCCAACUACUGUACGUGUUCAACGAUAUAAUAGAGCUGUUGUCUCAAAAUACAUAUUGAUGAUUGUCACUUUCAUCCACGUGUCAAUUUGCCUUUUCUGACUGCCAAAAUUCACGUAGAGGUAACUUAAUAACAAUACAAAACUGUGAGGUUUGGUUUUGUUACAGGUAAUCCGGAUACUUGCUGAUCACAAUGACACUGACAGAGAGAGAUGUAAACCUACAUUAUGGUUGCGCUGGUUUGAACUGUCACGCUUGGCCUUAUUUUGUAGUUCCAAAUGAAUGUGGAACCAGUCCAACCAUCGCUCCAAUCCGAGUACAGGGUGACCAAACAUCCACUUUGGUCUACGGUCUGAGGAAGCCACGUUACAAAGGUUAACAAUGCAUAAACAAGUGACCAUUGGCACUGUUACGUUGAGCACAAUGAUUCCAAAUGAGUCCUAAGGUGAAAGGUCAGGCAAGAGCAUUGUAUAACUUCAUCUCAUUUUGAAUGUAAAUGAAUCCAUUUCAGUUGGGCCAAAUUGGUCACGGAAGCAAAAAAAAAAAAAAAUCAAACAAGUGCUCUCUCACAUAAACUGCACUGCGUGCUUGAAGCGUGUGCAAUUCUCCUCAGAGGACCUUAUGACAAGAACGAAAAGUUGGUUGGCUGCCAGAGCACUCGCAAAAAUAAAAGUUCUGAAUGAUUUGAUGUGUGAACUGUUUUAUAGAAAUGGGGGCGAAAUGCACUGAAUGGGGGUGAUUUCUUUUUUGUAAAAAGAGGCAGGGUAUUUGCAGUCUAGUUGGAACCUGGUCAUUUUUUUCAUCCAGUGGUUUUGUCUUGCGGCAUUGGAUGAAACUUUACAUUUUCACUUUGCUUUUGACAAUGUCCGUUUUCUUCCUCUGUAGUUAAUAACACUAUUAUUAUUAAUUGCUAUUAUGAUCAUUAUUGCUACUGUUGUUACUAUUACGACUCCUGUUACUAAUGCGUUGCAAAAAAAAGUAUAAA